UGCUGUGGGUGCGGGUGCGGAUGCGGGUGCGGAGGGGAACACUCUUAUAAAUCUUACGCCGAAUUGAUUAUUAAAGAUGGGAAUGCAUAGUUGCUGCCUAAUCUAGUUUAGCCUCCGCGUCCGCAUCCGCACCCGCACUGGCUUAGAAAUGUGAUAAUUUAUGCAUGGUAACUUAGUUGUAGGGAUGGGAAGGUUGAAAAUGGUGUGCUCGGGGAUUGUGAUUGUCCACCCACAACGCAGUCUAACACAUCUCCAGGCCUCAGGCGACUUAGGCGCCCCCAUCCUCCACGCCCUCAUCUCGAGCAACAUCUUCAACAUAACCGUCCUCACGCGCCACUCAUCCCAAGCCCAAUCCCCACCCUCCGUCCGCGUCAUCCGCGUCGACUACGCUCCCAUCCCCGACCUCGCCGCUGCUCUAAGCAACCAAGAUGCCGUGGUAUCAGCCCUUACCAGUGAAGCGAUGGAGACGCAAGCCCUCCUCAUCAAGGCCUCUAUCGCCGCGGGCGUGAAGCGGUUCAUCCCCUCCGAGUUCUCUCCGAACAUAGGUAAUCCCAAAAGCGCCGCGUUGCCCGUUUACCAGUCGAAGAUCGAGGUGUAUCAGCUCCUCGAGCGACUGGCGAGCGAUAAUCAGCUGUUCACGUAUACGUUGAUCCGCAACGGGCCGUUGCUGGAUUGGUGUUUGAUGAAGGGGUUCUUUGUCGGUUUUCAGGGGAAGACCACGCCCUUUUACGAUGGCGGAGACCGUCCGUUUAGUACGACGACUCCAGCACCUCGAUGAGACGAGGAACCGCGUGGUGUUUGUCCAUGAUCUCGUCACUUUGGGGAGGGGUAUGGAGGGGAGUUUGAGGAGGUGGAUAAUCUAAUACUUGGGGUGGUGGUGUUGAGGUCAUGUGCCCAUCCAGAACGUAAUCACGUGAUACAAAGUAUCGACAUUCUAAGUCACCUGAUUAUUUACUCGACGGCCCUAAUUAAUAUACUUUGUACGGUGGGCAGCCUCCAUGUCCGUA